GAGGUGAAGUGGGAAUUCGGUGAGGUAAAACGGACGGACAACAAGGACCACAGCUACUUAGACGGAGCGUUGGUGACGUUUGCAGGUCGAAGUCUGCAGGAGAUCGUGGAUUAUCGGGGCCCCCACGGCGUUCGGAUUGUCCACAACGGCGUGGUUGACUACAACGGCAUGUGGAUUGGACCUGUGGGCUCAAGUGAUGCAGCUGAUGGAGCCAUCAAAUAUGGAGGUUUGCUCUUGGACGAGUUGCCCCGCACAGGGAAGUGUCUCUUUGAGGUUCAUUUGGAUCGCCUCCCACCAGCCACCACAGAUGUGUAUGUCAUCGUCUCUUCACCGUCUGGGAGGGAAUUGAGCAAGUACAGCAACAUCGUGGUGGCGAUCGUGGACGCUUGGAAGAGUCACAAGGUGUCCACUUGCCUUUUGAAAUCGAAGCCAGCGUCUCAGGGGGUGAUCUUCUGUCGACUCUCCAAAAGCAGUCAUGGAUGGAAGAUGGGUGCUUUCAGGAGCCCAACCUCCGGCGGAUGCCAUAACUUUCAUCCCAUCAUCGAGAGCUUGCGCGACGUGCAGGCACAGGCCUACCCGGAGGAGUUCGAGAUCAGCCUGGGCGGAACUUUGCUACGAUCAGAGAGGAGGUUGCUUCCACUGCAACAACUCCGAGCCAAGGGUGACCAACUCCAACGCCAAUUGUCAACCGGUUCCAUCACCAGUUUGUUGACUUGGUCGCCAGCGCGAAACCCCAACUCCAGGAGGUUUGGACCUUCAGAAUUGGAUUGAUGCCUUCCUCAGCGCCAGUGUGGACGAAACUGCGGAAAAAUCACACCUCCAGCGUGAUUUGUGCACAAUGCUAGGAACUGACAGAACGGGGGAGUGGUUCAUCUCAAUUCGCAAGCCUUCUGACUUCAUUCCUCAUUCAAGGUAAAAAAGUGGGAGCCGUGAAAUGUCUCGGCAGAGCAUGUUUGGCACAUUCUUGUCUUGAGCCACCUGCGAUUACACACGGUUUCAACAUUUGCACAGCUGUACCAUUACACGCAAGGGGCAUUGGGUGUGCCCGGUUUAUUUG